AUGACCCGGUCUACAGUAAAUGCCGCUUCUCUAUUCCAGUGUCUAUUUUGGGGUCCAGUGCUGUUUUACGCUGAUCUUGGCUUCUUUGGUUUCCAGGUACUCAGCCCAACUGGCCCCAAAGCACUCCAUUUUGGACAGCGGUAUAUAUGGUUCAUCAAGUCAUCGGCGGCUCUGGCAACUUGA